GCUAGAGACUGAUGCGCCGGUGUAUUUUAACUCGCUGUGCUGUGCUGUGCGGAAGCAUUCAUUACACACUCCACUCUCUUCUCCUUCUAAUUCACUACAACCAGAUAGCACCAUGGCCCAAGAACCCGAUAGCGAGAAUCUUAAUCAACAAACGCCCACUAUCCGACCCGUCGGCGGCACCGAAUACGGUUGGUGCAAAGCCGUUCCAGGCGGCACCGGCUCCACCGUCCUAAGUCUCCUUCUCUCUAAACCUCCACAAAUCCCUCUUCUCCAAAAUGCACUCCACAAACUCCAAAUUUCCCAUCCUAUCCUCCGCUCAAAGAUCCACUUCGACCACACAACCAACACUUUCCAAUUCGUAACACCCCCGAAUCCCAGCGUCCAAAUCCAAUCGUUCGAUCUCCAAUCAACCUCCCAAAUCCUCCAAUCCCAAACCAACGAUCUCAUCGACCCUUUCCACGCUCUACUCGAACACGAGAUGAACCGUGACACGUGGCGCGAUCCUAAGGAAGGAGACGCUGACGUUAUGUACGCCAGCAGUUACACGAUUAGCGAAGAACGGUUCGCGGUGUUUCUCCGUUUGCAUACGUCAUCGUGCGACCGUGCUGCGGCGGUUGCGCUGCUGAAGGAACUGUUGCGGCUUGUCGCUGGUAGAAAUGGCGGUGACGGAAGAGAAGCGAAGGUGAAUUUGGCGAUUGAGGAUCUGAUUCCUGAAGGGAAGACGAAUAAGCCGUUUUGGGCGCGUGGAUUGGACGUGCUUGGUUACUCGCUUAACGCGUUUAGGUUUUCGAAUUUGAGUUUUGUGAAUGUUGAUUCGCCACGAAGCUCUAGGAUGGUGAGGUUGCAACUGAAUGCUGAUGAAACUAUGAGCUUGUUAGCUGGAUGCAAAUCAAGAGGAAUUAAACUUUGUGGGGCACUUGCAGCAGCUGGAAUGAUUGCUGCAUGGACCUCAAAGCACCUUCCUGAUCAUCAAACAGAAAAGUAUGCUGUAGUAACACUCAUUGAUUGUCGCCCAAUUCUUGAUCCAGUACUUUCCAGCAACAAUUGUGGAUUUUACCAUUCUGCCAUUUUAAACACUCAUGAUGUGUGUGGAGAAACCUUAUGGGAGUUGGCGAAGAGAAGCUACACAUCCUUUGCAAAUGCUGUGAAGUGUAACAAGCAUUUUUCAGAUAUGUCUGACUUGAACUUCCUCAUGUGCAAAGCCAUAGAUAACCCUGGUUUGACCCCGUCGUCUUCCCUUAGAACUGCAUUGAUCUCUGUAUUUGAAGACCUUGUCGUUGAUGAUUCCACUGAAAUGCACGAAGAGCUUGGAUUGGUAGACUAUGUGGGUUGCUCUUCCGCCCAUGGUGUUGGCCCUUCGUUAGCCAUAUUUGACACCGUACGGAAUGGAAAAUUGGAUUGUGCUUGUAUAUAUCCUUCCCCGCUUCAUUCAAGAGAGCAAAUUCAAGGAAUAGUCGAUGAUAUGAAGAGAAUACUUGUGAAUGGUUGUAAAAGUGAAAAUCAAUAAGUUGAUCAACAAUUUAAUUAAGUCUGAGCAUGUGGGGAAAAUUUUAUUAAAUCAAUUCAUAAGUUUUGUUGCCUCUAUACAAGUGCAGAUUAUUUCUCUGCUCUGAAAUGGUUUAAAGAAAUGAGAGGUUUAUGUUAAACUCAGAAUUUGUUAUUGGUAAAAUGUGUUAUUUCCAUUGGAGAAUUCUCCUUUAAAUAUUGUUGUUACAGAAUGA